AUGGCAUUACCCCUCCCAACAGAACUCAUCCAAUCCAUCCUUCACUUCACAGAUACAGAAACAUACCACUCGGCGCGAUUCACCUCUCGUCACUGGUACAAUGCCGCAUCGACACCUUACAUGCUCCGCAAAGCGCUCGAGCAAACACCAACGCUCCUACCAGCAUUAAACUCCCUAUCCGAAACAAACUGGAACACGCUCUUUAACCAGGUCUCGCAACUGAACCUCUUCGAGUACCGAUUACGAUGCCUCAAGACGAUAUCCAAGGGUGAUUUACCACAGGGAAGCACAGCAUCUACACCAUUAGCCACAUCGCAUGAUGGCAAGAAAAUAGUGGUACUGAAAGGCUCCCAAAUAACCAUCCACGAUCAUAAUGAUGAAGAGAAAUACGAACUCACACUCUCCCAAUCCCUCUAUCCCCUCUGGACAAGUGUCUGCCGCGCACUACUUGAAGGUGGCGCCGGCUACGGCGCAAACCAGGGCUACGCGCGACACCGGCUUGCCGUUUCUUCGCGAUCUGGUCUAGUUGCCGUGGGACUGGGGAAAACGAUUCAGAUAUACAAUUACCGGGAUCCUGGAUCUCCUGUUGAAUAUGUGUUAGGUCAGACGGAGACGGUUUUUAGUUCAUCUUCGCCUGCGCCUGGGCCGAAUUACAGGGAGACAGAUGGUGUGGUGGAGUCGCUGGAGUUUGUGGAUGGUGAUGGGGACAUGCUUCUUCGCGUGGGGAUUGGGAAGGAAUCGAAUCCGAAUCGAACGUAUCGGGUGCGGUAUCUGGGUGAUCCGUCUCGUUCGAGCCAGCAGCAGCCGUCUCUCUACUACUGGCGCCAGAAUCUCAACCGGGUAUAUCUCGACUCGGUAGCAUUGGCUACCAUUCUGCCAAAUAACGACUACAAAACUGCGCUCAACGGUAUCCAUCUUCUUCCACAAUCACCAUCAACAACAUCACGCUCUUUCAUCGCAGCACUCAAAACACAAGAUGUCCAAGGCUACUGCAUAGCAACUGUCAUACCAUCCUCAUCACCACUACCAGACGACGAAGAGCAACAGAUAAUAAUAUCUCACCACCUACCUUCAAAAACCAACUAUCUCACACCAUCGACUCACUCACCAACGUCCAAAGCAAGGAACACUUCCGAUCCCAUCAACAUCUCGCUGAUGGACCAAACGCUAAAUGAUAAAGCUGUCGUUACCCAAAAUCUUCUUACCGCGACUACAGACCGCUGGGAUAGUGUCCAUCUUCCCGCUGUUACUGCGAGGAACCCGUUGAUAUCUGUUUCGGAUGAUGGACAGUUACUUGUUGUUUAUGAGCAGGGAGGGGGGCAUUCGUUUCGGUAUAUGGCUGGUGGGGGGUUGUAUGUUUUUAGUCUUGAUGAUUCUAUCACCAGGACAGGUGGUAGUGGAGAGGCCAAAAUGGUACAGCCGUGGCCAUAUUUAUUAGAUAUUGUUGACGUUGACGUUGAUGGUUUGAAGGUUGCUAAGUCCGAGACUGGAAAUGGGACGAAUGGUUACACCGUGACCGCAACAGCGUUAAAUGGACAGUGGGUGGUGAAAUGGUGUUUGGGUUGA